CUCAGGUCGACAAUUUUUUCGCCCAAUAAUCUUCUUCUCUUUGAACUUCAAACUUUUUUGAGUUUUUUUCAGUUUUACUCAAGCUUUUAGUUCUAAUUAGACGCUUCACCACGUGUUUAGUGUUCUCUAGCUCAGACACAUUGAUAUCGAUACUAAAAUAUUAAAAUGGCAGAACAGAAUAGAAAUUCUGAUAGAAUUACUUUCAAAGUGAAGCAUCUGAAUGAAUAUCAUACAAUAAUCAUUGAUCGGAAUGAUGACAGAUAUGAAUACAAAGACCAACACCACCAGUUAUUUGAACAGCUGGAAUCAAUAACUGGAGUGCCAAGUAGAUAUACAACUGAUGUGAACAUACUUAAAAACAUGAACCCUUCCAACGUUAAUAAUACUCUUCGGUAUCUGUGGUGUUUUUACAACCGAAAAGCCUUCGUCCCUGAUUCGCUUAUGAGAUACUAUGCACAUCGAGAUAUCUUCAGUCUAAAUAUUCGUGAUGGUGAGCGCUUUCAUCUCCAAUAUUAUGUUUAUUAUGGGCAAUGGAUUUCUAAACGUAUAAGUAUGCGUUAUGAGCUAGUGGAAGAAAGAGACGUUCCUGAAGAAGGCUGCGGUCGACGUUUCUGUCAAUAUAGAUGCACUGAACCUUACUUUAAAAGGUUGAAAGAUCUCGUUAAUAAUGAUGAAAUGAAUGCAAAAAUUACUCAACUUGUCCAGCCACUAAUUGAAUCGGAGUUGAAUGCGGAAGCCUCCAAGAUUUUCAUAGAGUUCAAUGUUGAACAAUAUUUUUAUCCACCUUGUGUUUGGAGGACACGGAUGCUUGCAGAGACUGGUUAUACACACCAAAAUGAUCGCUAUCUAAGAACUCGAGGUUGAACUCGUAUGGUAUCUGCCCGCGGUAAAUGAGCCUUGUUUCAAUUUCACUCAAUAAACUAAGUUGAGAGUUACAAUUUGACAAUCCCUGAAAGACAUUCAUUAGAGUUGAACAGACACGGAUAUUUACUCGGAUUCGCAGCCUGGUAUACAUUUGUUUAGGAAUCGAAUAAUACUUGGCUGG